AUGGAGACUCCACCCAAUACGCGGAACAGCGGAAACUCCAGCAGAUGGAGGCAGUCCCAAGCGUCCACUGGCGCGCAGAGCUCGAUCUCCUCGAUGGCCUCGUUCGAGGUGCCACACAACAGCACGGUGCGGCCGCGGCCGUCGACCGCCUCGGCGCUGGAUCCAAACCGAGCGAGUCGACGGAGCAGUAAGCCUUCCAAAGUGGAGGCGAAGGCGCCGCCUCCGUGCUACGUGAGGUGCGCGAGCUCGCUGGUGGAAAACUCCACGUUUAUCAGUCUCACAACGCUUCUGACCAUUUACGCGCUCACGGGGGAUGACUUUCGCAUCAUCUUCACGCAGAAGCCCGCGGACGAGUAUUUCAAUGCCAUGGUGUUGAUUUGCAUUGCCAUUUUUAGCUUUGAGAUCAUCAUCUCUGUGAUGGGCAAGUCGGACUAUUGGCUGGGAUUUUUCUUCAUCUUGGACGUGGUCUCCACCGUGACCCUGGUGCUUGAUCUGACCUGGAUCAAUGACCUCUUGGCUGGGAAUGGUGAUAGCAGCUCUCUACGCAGUGGCAGGACCGCGCGGAUCGGCGCCAAGGCCGCGCGCAUGAUCCGGGUCCUGAGACUGGUGAGAAUCCUCAAGCUCUACAAAGCCUGGCAUGAGGCAGACCGAGAAAGGGCGCGGCGCAGACGAGAAGCGGCCAUGAGAGCCUCGCGGCCGGAUGAUGAUGAGUGGGAUGAACAUGAUGAUGAAGCGCUAGCAGACGCGGAAGAAAACGAAGAGAAGGAAGCUGGGCAAGAAUCCACCCUUGGCAAGAAGCUGUCAGAGAUGACCACUCGAAGAGUGAUUAUUCUCAUCCUGGCGAUGCUGCUCAUCCUGCCACUCCUUCAGGUCGAUGACUUCACCCAAGCUCCGUUCUCGGCGGAGUAUGGCGCGGAUCAGGUCAUGGAGUCCUUCAAGGACUGGGAUGCUUCAGGGAGCAGCUCGGACAGGGUCAGGUACCAGAACUCCAUGCUCACCUAUGUCUAUUACCACAAUUGGUAUGCCGGCAAGGGGUUUUGGCAGUACUGCCCGUACUCGCAAGUGCCGUCGUGCUCCAAUGGCUUUUGGGGUCACUUGUACUUCGUGGGCAUCCGGGGGAGUAAUCUCGCGGAGGUGGCUGCCAAGGCCAGCAAAGCCAGACUGAACCUCACCGUCGUGGAGAGCUUCGAUGAAGCAUCCAAGGCGCGGGACCAGGCGGUCUACAACUUGGGCAGUCUGCCCUCCCAAGCGCAGGAGUGGUUGGCUGCUGCAUGGACCAACGAUUGCCCAAUCAUUUCGCAAAACCUAGAAUACUUAAAAGGUGUGUCCAUCAUUGCCGAAGAGGGCGAAGGGGUCUACUAUCCUGUCACAUGCCCUCAGGACCUUCGGGUGACCGAGUCGCUCCGGUACAGUCCGGUCUGGCAGACGCGACAGGCCUUUAGCGAAUGGCGCUUCGAAUUCUAUUUUGAUGUUCGGCUCUUUAAUAGGGAGACGGCCAUUUUUAGUCUUGCAACCACUGGCUUCGUUCUAGUGCUUUUGCUGGCGGGGUCGCUCAUGUUCUCAAGAGAUGCUAACCGGCUGAUCGUGAACCCGGUGGAGCAAAUGAUCCGACGCGUCAAGGCGAUUCGUGAUAACCCUUUGAUUGCCAUGCAGAUGGCCGACGACGAGUUCAAGUUGGAGGAGCUGCGGAAGUACCGCAUCAAACGCCAGGGCUGUGUGUCCAGGGUUCUGCCCUCAGCUUGGCGGCCAGUUCGUGGAUUGGAUUGGACGCAUGAAGAUGGACAGCAGCAUCUCUCAGGGAAAGGGGAGUUCUGGGCCUUGACCAAAGUCCGGAACCAGACCCAGCUCCGCUCGGUCCAGCAUCGGCCGUGCUAG